GGAAAGGUCAUUCACCUCUCACUAAUUAUCAAUGUAUUAAAUCUUUUUUGUUGCCACAAUUAAUGGACAAAAAAUAAAGGCAAUUGGAAACUUUUUUUUGCUUUUAACGUGAUGUUAAUUGGCAGCAUUGAAAAACAAAAGAAAAACGGAUCAUCACAUCAUCGGACGGAAUCAGACAUAGUAGGUGAAUCCUUGCUCCUAAUUGAUCUUUUGUAUUGGGAUUACAACGCCAAGGCUUUUUUUGCCACAGACACGGGUACGGCCAGCAUACUGAACCUGUGCUACACUGCUCUACUUUGCUCUGCGCUAGUCUGUCCCACCCAGUUAUGCUUUGCUCUGUCCUGCACUGCGCUGCACUUUACAUAGACAUUUAUAAUAUUUAACACAGCAACUCCAUGACUAUAUAUUGCACCUGCUAGGGAUCUAAAGAAACCUUGUCUGUAAUUGUAUUAAAAAAUGCAAAGAUUGAGUGUAAAAUGGAUUGUG